AUUAACAUAUUACAAUUAAAAGAGUUUAAAUUGUGUUUUCCAAACAUGUUGAUACAAUUUAAGUUCUUGAUGUUGCAUUUUAGGUGAUAAUUGUAUAAUCUGUUAGAAGAGGACAAAGUGAAGCCCUUCUCUGACGCUCCACUUCUUAGAUGAUUUUUCUAAAAAAAAAAAAAAACAUAAAACCAUUUGACAUCAAGAACCCAUUUGAAACCUUACACUUUCAGAAUAUUAAAUGUGUGAUAUAAUUUAGUUUUAAAGGUUGAUGAUCUGCUUUACAUUGUAAACAAUGAAUAUGGGUAGCUGUUUCAUUGUCUUCAUUUCAUUACCACCCUUAAAAAUACUUUAAGAAGUAGGUUGUCUAUUUUUAGAAGUACUUUCAGCUGCAGCAAUCUUGUGAAAAGUGGUAAAAUACACUCUAAAGUUUUAAUUUUUAGGGUCUUUUCUACUUAACCUAAACUUUGAAACUGAACAUUGUUAGUGUGACCCAAUCAGGGGUGUGUUUCCCAAAACCAACUAUGGUCACGAGUUCCGUCCAUAUAGUGCUUACAACCAUAGUUGCUUUUGGGAAACGCACCCUAGGUUGAUAUGUAAACAGACUUGUUAAUAAAGCUUGUUGGUGUCAAAUAUUUUCUCCUAUGCAGCUUUAAAAACAAUGAGUAAGGCUUUGAUUGUCUAAUUUUCUGAGAGUUUUCAUAUUUGCUUGUAGCUACCCGUCUAAUCCGAUUCGACAAAUGAUGUGAGUUGGGGGAGGAGCUUAUUCAUGAAGCUGUCUUGGAACAAUCAAUUAUUAUAAAUAUGUUUGCAAUCCCGUUUGGUGGCACCAGUGGUGCAGAAAUGGCAUAAUUCAUAUGUAUUUAUUUGACAGUUUUUACUUAUGAAAAGGGGAAUGUAGGCCACAUUUUAAAAUAAAGCAAGGUCACCGCUGCCGUCUGUUGAUGAACUUGAUUUAAAUGUACGGCUAUUAGAUUACAAGUUCAUUCUGAUUAGAAACAAACACUGAGUGUAAUAUUGCUGUUUAAAAAUACAUAUAUUAUAAAAGUCCAUGGUCAUUUUAAAAGGUUUUAGUUUGUUGUUUGUCUAUCAAUUUUCACUGUGAAGUCGGCUCUAGAGAAUGACAGACUGAGCUUGUCUUUUAUUGACAUGGAAGCAACAGACGCGCGCGGCGCAGAGGAGGAGAGACGGCUGGGUUCGGUUAAUAAUCCGCCUAGUGUGUCAUAUGGGGACUGCAACUGCAAAUAGUUAAAAGAGGCUGUGGUUUUUGUUUGAAAGAUGUGGAAUGCGUUUGGAAAUGGAUCGAGCGUCUGUGUGAGCAAGGCGCAGUGCUGGGAGUUCAUCCCGUGCUCGCGUCUGGAGAGGCCCGGUAAGAAGCUCCAGAGUCCCGCCGGGGUUCGGUCUUUACCUGGAGCUGCUGCGUGCGCGAUCACCGCUGCAUCCGAUGCGACAGGCGGACAAACUCCGAGUCACGAGCCACACACGCGCACGAAAAAUAAACUCGAAUUAAAGAAGCGCUUCGACCAGGAGAAGGAGGAGUGGAGAGUGGAGAAGCAAAUGCUUUUGAGACAAGUGACUGAUAUACAAGGUGGGGAGAACAGGAGGAUGUUGUUGGAUCUGAAGUGUGUUUUAGAGGAGGUGCAGUCGGGGGUGAAGCGUGAAGAGAGUAAACGGGGUGAGCUGGAGCUGCAGUACACGGAGGAUCGAUGCGCGCGGACUCUGGAGAGGUCAGAGCUGGACAGUCGCAUUGGUCAGCUAGAAGCCAGAGAAUGUAGUCUGGUGGUGGAGACUGUGAGGAGUACAGAUCGAAGGGAAACUCUCAAACGGGAGAGAGCAGAACAAAAGAAGCUGCUGGCAGACACUCACAGCGAGGCGAUGGACCUCCGCUGCAGGCUGGAGAACAGUGAGAAGGGCUGGGUGAAGGAGAAAUCUGAGCUGCUGGAACACUUUGAGGCUGAGAGGAAGGAGUGGGAGAAGCAGCUCAUGGACAUGCAGCGGAGGAUUGAGGAGUUGUACAAUGAAGUGAGGUCCAACCGUGCGGGAAGUUCUCUGAGACCAGUUACUGAUGGACAAAAUGCACUGAGGCUCAGCUCGUGUCCUGCCAGCACUUUGUCGAGUGUAGUAACCUAUGCGUCAGAUGCCCAGAGCAUUGAAUAUUAUGAGUCUUUAACCCAGCGAAGCAAUGCCAGCAUCGACUCCCAACCAAGUCAACUCAGUCACAACACCAGUGAAUCCAGUGACCAGUGCAACAGCGAUCAAAGUGAACUAUUAAAUCAGCAAGGUGCUGCUGAACAACAGGCUAUAGACACUGCAGAGCUGGAAGAAAUCCUGGAAAGCUGUUUGGAAAAGAAAAUGGGGACCAAGUCCUGCUUCACUGGACAAGAUGACCUCCUUAACCCUUUCAAACGAUUUCAGAGCAUGGAAAUAACCAGUGGAAGUGACAGAAAGAAGUACAGUACUGCUCUAAAUGCGGCACUUCAGGAAAUCGCCCGUGCGAGUGCAGAACUCUGUAGUUACCAGGAUGAAACAAGGAAGUGGCCUGAUAUUAAAAGAAGCCGCAGUGAGUCUAAGUUUUUUCAAAGAGAGGCUGAGUUGGUGAAGAAGGUAAAGGAUAAUUCGGAAAUGGAGAACACAGUUUUGUACUUGAAAAACAUGGGUGAAGACCUUAAAUCCCUCGAUGAGCAAUACUGGACGAAUUGGGAAGGUUGUAACAUGAAAUCGCAGCAAAGUGAGGCUAAGCCACAAUACAACAUAAGACAACAAGCUCCACCCGUACCGACCCGUAGCACAUCUUGGUACCUAAGCAGUCCUUCAGCUUCAGAAACAGAGACCAGUGGUACAGAGCAAGGGUGUCAACGGCCAGGAACCAACCCAGACAGAAAGUACACCAGCCCCGCAGUCGUACAAAAAUUUGAAGCAAUGCUUCAAGAAAAUGAGGGGAAAGUUCUGACAGACUCAGUGAAUGUAGCCUGCACCGUGUCUGUCGAUUCCCAGUGCAAUAUCAUCUGCUGCCAGAGCCGCUGGUCCUGCGAUGGAAGUAGGUUUGGCAGCAACAAGUCAUCCAGAUAUGUACCGGCUAAGCACUGCCCCUCCAAUGUGGACAUUGCAGAAGCAUCCUCAGAUCGCAGUCUAAACCAAAUAGAUGAGCAAAAUGAUGCUCAUCCCAUGAGCAUGUCUACAGAUUCUGUUGCAUCGCUAGACUUUAUUUCGACAUAUCCCAGGACUACAGCUACUCCCAGAAAUGAGAGACUUGAGCAGAAAACUGCAGAGUUCAACCGUGCACUCUUCCAGGCAGGGAUGGGAGUUAGGUGUGAUGAGGACAUUUCCAUGACUGUAUCCACUGAUUCUUCUGACAGUCUUCCUGAGGUCAUAUCAAAGGACAAGCUUAUAGACAGUCCUUCAAAGCAUGUUGAAGACAAUCCGAAGGAUUUCUUAUCGGAUCUUGUGGCACAGUGUCCAAGAGAUGAGGGAAGAAGGAAGGAAACAAAGAACCUUGUCACUAUCUCUUCAUCUCUGCAGCAGGAACUUAGUCUAAAUCAAGACAGUGAGGUUAAGCCUUUACAGACUGCCUUUACAGACUGCACCACAACGGCAAACCCAGAUGGAAAGGUGCAGCAAAACAAAAAACCCAAACAUGCAAAAAAAGACAUCAGGUCUCGGAUUCUAGAUGAGAAUCCAUGGAAGCCUUCUACGCUAGCGGCCUAUCCUCGUCCGAUGGAGUCUAGGUCCAACUAUGGAGCUGUUGAGAGGAUUCUCAAAAUUUACGAGGAAUGGGAGAGAUCUCAGGAGCAGCAUCAGCAGUCACAGCACAGUCCAGGGAAGAAGGAAGACCUCGUGGACCUCUUGGAAAUCUUGGACAUGCAACAUGAGCCCAGAUCCAGUCAGAAACUAACACACACACCGCACCACCAGGCCAUAGCCCACAAAGAGACACAUGUAACGGUGCAGCAAUGCAAAGAGUCUUCUGUAACGAUCAAGAAGAGCUUUUCACGACCUGCAUGUCCAGCAAAGAGACGUUUGCCCUCUCGUUGGGCCAGCCGUUCGUCCGUAUCAUCUGCAUCAACUCCUUCACCACCACCCACAGUCUUCACCCAGAGACAAACACUCACCUACUCCACCUUCCACACAGAGACCGUCAUCUAAACGCCCUUAGAUCACGCACAAUGCCUUUAAAGCUGUACAUGUUGCCUGAUUACCUGUGCAACACCAACAAUGACUGUCCAAGUGAUGAUUUUGUUGUUUACAUUUCUAUAACCAAUGCCUUUUUUGAUAUUUUUUCUCAAAGACUGGUUUACAUGUAUAUUUCUUUUCUACCAAUGUGAUUUACAAGUGCAUAUUAUGCUUUCUGUUUCCAUAAACCAGUUUCAAUCUGUCAUCCUUAUAUUUUAUCGCUGCCAAUGUAGACCUGUUUCCUGUCUGCGUUCUCGUGUGUGUGUGUGUGUGUGUGAUGUCUGCUGUCUGAUUGAGAAUACCAAAAGCUGUUUCACAUCUAACUCUUUCUUAUACUUUCACCAACUUUAACCAAAAGGAUUGACUCGUGUAAUUACAGAAACUAAUGGAUUCUGCGCUCAGUUUACGUGCUUAUCUGAUGCAAGACAUAUCAUUAGACACUGCCUUCGCAAUCCCUUUUCUUGAUAAUUAAUAUCACAAAUGAAACUGUAUUCAGCAUUUAUAGAAUAAAAUAAUGUCACAUUUCUA